AUGCAAUUUCUACCGGGACUCGCAACUUUCUUCAGCAUCGGAGGCACCUUGUUCAGCAGUGUCACGGCAUGGACCAACCCCAUCAGAGACCCAGGCGGUUCGGACCCGUUUCUCGUUUAUUCAGGCGAUGGUUACUAUUACCUCUUGACAACCACCUGGACCAAUGUCGAGAUCUCGCGGUCUACCACCAUCACAGACCUCAAGGCAAGCCCCGAGACCAAGACGGUCUUCUCGACCACCACAGCCUCCAUGUGCUGCAACGUCUGGAGCCCCGAGGUGCACUACCUGGGUGACAAGUGGUAUAUCUACUUUACUGCUGGGGAUGCAAGUGAUCUUGACGGCCAGAGACUGCACGUCUUGGAGGGUGGCAGCACACCAUGGGACGAUUACACCUACAUUGGCCAGCUCACAACCGAAUGGUCCAUCGACGCCUCGGUCCUCCGCUUCACCGACUGGGGCAACUGGCUCAUGUUCUCGUGCAUGCACGGCGAGACGUACCAGUCCAUCUGCAUCCAGAAGCUCUCGUCCACCUACACGGCGCUCACAGGCUCCAUCUACGUCAUCUCCACCCCGACCGAGGCUUUCGAGGAGAACGAGUACCCAGUCAACGAGGCCCCCGCCGCCCUCUACUUCAACGGCGUCACCUACAUCUCGUACGCCGCCUCCUACUGCUGGAGCCCGGACUACUGCAUCGGCCUGCUGACCUGGGACGGCGCGACGAACCCGGCCGAGGCGUCCGCCUGGUCCAAGAGGGACGGGUGUGUCUUCUCAAGCGCCAAUGGGAAUUACGGGACGGCCAGCAAUGGUUGGUUCCAGAGCCCGGACGCCUCGCAGACCUGGAUCGUGUACCAUGCCACGGAUAAUGCGGCGGGGGCGUGUGAUGAUACGAGGUAUACGAUGGUGCAGCUGCUGGGCACGCAUUCGGACGGCUCGCCUAACUUUGGGAGCCCUGUGGACUUUUCGCAUGCGUAUAGUGAGCCAUCUGGAGAGUAA